AUGAAGUUCCUCGCAAAGCUAAGCGACUACCCCAGCAUGUUGCUGGCCGGCAAACCUUCCAAGAAAGACCGGUGCAUGUUAUUGAUGGGAAUCGUCUGUGCAAUUGCCUCCGGCGUCCCAUUUCCUCUGAUUGGUAUCGUCUUCGGUCAGCUCCUGGACGACUUUAACGAUGCCACCUGUGCUGCGUCUACAUCAUCGAGUUCGGACGCCGAGGAGCAGAACAGUAUUAAUGGCAAGAUUCUGCUCAUUGUGUAUCUUGCGAUUGCGCAAUUCGUGGUUAUCUAUCUUCAUCUGACCUGCUGGAGUUUGACGGGCGCUCGACUGGCGCAGAGACUGCGAGAAAGUUACUUGAAGAAUCUCAUCCGCCAGGAACCAUCGUACUUCGACAAACUGCCCCCUGGAGAAGUCGCGUCUAGGCUCAAUGGUGACAUCCAGGCCAUCCGCUCGGGGACCUCCGAGAAAGUCGGAAUUUGUCUGUCAAGUCUCUCGUUUUUCGUCACCGCAUACAUCGUCGCUUUCAUCAAGGACUAUACCCUCGCCGCUAUGCUUCUCUCGUUGAUUCCCGCCUAUUUCCUCAUGUCGUUUGUGGGAAGCCAUUAUAUUGAAAAGUAUUCUGCGCGCAUGUCGGACUAUGCGGCCUCGGCUGCCUCUAUUGCCUCGGAAGCCUUGUCCAACCUGGUCGUGGUGCAUGCUUUUGGCGCCAACGGGCGACUGGAGGGCAAGUUCUCCAAGGCACUUAAGGAUUCAGAACAAGAAGGCUUGAAGAAAUCUACGGCUGUGGGUAUUCAAUCGGGCGUUUUGUAUUUCGUCGCAUACUCCGCGAACGGUCUGGCUUUCUGGCAGGGCAGUAGACAGGUUGCCAAAUCUGUGCAGUCAGAGUCGGGUGGGACCACCGUGGGAUCUACGUUUACUGUGAUCUUUAUCCUGAUUGAAGCUACCCUCCUCUUGAGCCAAGUCGCCCCCUUCCUCCACCUAUUCGUCGCUGCCAUCGCCUCAUUCCGCAAGCUACGCACCGAUAUCGACCGUGAGCCUCUGAUCGACGGCACGACGGACUUGGGUCUUCGUCUCACCCAGGCGUCAGGGGGAUUCGAGUUCGAGAAUGUAUCAUUUAACUAUCCUUCUCGGCCUGAAAUCACCGUGCUGGACCAGAUCAGUCUUUCCAUUCCUGCCAACAAACAUACUGCGGUUGUGGGACUUUCGGGCAGUGGCAAGUCCACCAUUGCCGGUCUUGUCACUCGAUUGUAUGAUCCGACCAGUGGCCGGAUCCUCUUCGACGGUCAUAACCUGCGCGACUUAAACACCCGAGAUUUGAGGGGAUUCCUCAGUUUGGUGCAACAGGAGCCGUCCUUGCUCGACCGAUCACUAUUGGAGAAUAUCGCACACGGACUGAUGAACUCGAGUAAUCCAGACCACGCGUCCUUUAAAAGCACUCUUCUCAGCACCAAUCUGGCCGACCUUGCCAGUGAAGUCCGCGAGGGUGCGGACCUGAUGACCGCAGCCGAGAAGCGAGGCACAAGUGUGGUCGAGAUUGUGAGUUUGGUCAGAAAGGCUGCAACCCUGGCUGACGCGGAUGCUUUCAUCACUACUCUGCGACAAGGAUACGGAACAGUCGUGGGCUCGAGUGGCCGGCUAAUCAGCGGUGGUCAGAAGCAGCGUGUAUCCCUCGCCAGAGCCUUGGUCAAGGACCCAGCGGUCCUCAUCUUGGAUGAAGCCACAGCAUCACUGGACUCUCGGAGCGAGCAGCGUAUUCAAAAGGCCAUCUCAGGCAUUGCCAGUGGGAGGACCAUGAUCACUAUCGCGCACCGUCUGUCUACCAUCACUAAUGCGGAUAACAUCAUUGUCAUGCACAAGGGUCAUAUCGUGGAGCAGGGAGACCAUGCUACUCUCAUGGCUAAGGAUGGCUCAUACGCCGAGCUUGUCAACUUACAGACGUUGGGAUCGGCGUCUGCAAAGAACGAUACAACCGUUAGCGUUGACAGCGUUAGCAAGUCGGACCAAGCUUCUACCACAGAUGAUACCGAGAACGCUAGCCUAGCGAACGCCGACCCCGAAAAGACAGAGAAAAUCAACUUCUCGGCCAAUGAGACACCGGUCAAUGACACGGACGAAGCCGGAGAGGAAGAAGCAGAGCCAGAAGUCCCGCCCAAAUCUCUUUGGGCUCUGGUACGAGGAUAUGCGCCCACUUUACGGCCCCAUCUGCUAAUUAUUUUCCUGGCCCUUCUGGGAGCCAGUAUCGUCGGCGGUGCGUUUUCAGGCGAAGCUGUGAUCUUCGGCAACACUGUCGGCAGCCUGAACCCGUGCAAGAGCGCGGACAGUAUCCGAUCGAGAGGAGAAUUCUACGGCUUGAUGUUCUUCGUCCUGGCCAUUAUCGAAUUCUUCGCGAAUGUGGUCAGCUGGACUGGGUUCGGUUGGGUGUCGGAGCGCAUUGUCUGCACGGUCCGAGUGCUCUCGUUCCGGUCUUUGUUCGAGCAGGAUCUCCAAUGGCACCAGUCCAAGGGCCGGACGCCCGCUUUGCUUCUCUCGUACAUCACGCGCGACGGCAACGCGUUGGCAGGACUAAGCGGCUCGGUCAUCGGCACCGUGUUCUCUAUUACUGUCAAUCUUAUCGCUGCUAUCAUCCUCACUCACAUCAUCGCAUGGAAAAUCGCAUUGGUGUGUCUUGCUUUGGUCCCGCUACUCCUAGGCGCGGGCCUGAUGGAACUGCGCGUCCUGGGCCGGUUCGAAGACCGACACGAGAAUGCGUAUACCAAGUCCGUAGAUAUUGGUGUGGAAGCCAUUACAUCAAUCAAGACUAUUGCGUCGCUGUCACUCGAACAAGACACAUUGAUUACCUACCGACGAUCCCUAAAGGGUCCACGCAAGGAGACACUCAAUGUGACUAUGCAGGCCAGCCUCUGGCAGGCCAUGACUUACUUUCUGGGUAAUCUGGUCAACGCGCUAGCGUAUUGGUGGGGUGCGAAGCAGAUCAUCGCGCGCACGUACACGCAGACACAGUUCCUGAUCGUGGUCUUCUCGCUUCUGGUCAGCGCUUUGCUAUGGAGUCAGAUGUUUGCGCUCGCUCCUGAACUGUCCAGCGCGCGGGCAGCUAUGGCCCGCAUCCUGAGUCUGAUCGAGAUCGGCUCAGACAAGAUGCAAGGUCACGUUCCGGCCCCUACUGGAUCGCUAGAUGAGAAGGCAUCCCAUGACCCCGAGCAGGGCACCACCCCUCCGAGACCAUUGGAUUUAUCCCCUUCAGCCUCAAGUGUCCAGUUGCACAACGUGCACUUCGCCUAUCCCGCACGUCCCGAAGUCAAUGUCCUAAACGGCUUGACAAUCGAUAUCCGCCCGGGCAAAUUCUGCGCCCUCGUCGGCCCCAGCGGUGCGGGUAAAUCAACAAUCAUCUCCCUUGUCGAACGCCUCUAUAAGCCACACUCCGGCUCCAUCAUAAUCGAUGGCAUCGACAUCACCGGAACAGACUGCGGCGUCUCCUUCCGCGACACCAUCUCGCUAGUCCCACAGGAAAGCGUCCUCUUCGAAGGCAGCGUCGCCUUUAACAUCGGCCUAGGCGCACGCCCAGGCCACGAAGCAAACAUGGACGAAAUCAUCGACGCAUGCAAACUGGCAAACAUCCACGAUGUCAUCGCAGCGUUGCCGAACGGAUACGAGACGCUCUGCGGGACCGAGGGGAGCCAGUUCUCUGGCGGACAGAAGCAGCGGUUGUCGAUUGCGCGAGCGCUUGUGCGGAGGCCGAAGUUGUUGAUUUUGGACGAGUCGACGAGUGCGUUGGAUGCAGAGUCGGAGAGGUUGUUGCAGAUUGGGCUGGCGAGGGCAGCCAGGGGGAUUACGUUGAUUGCAAUUGCGCAUCGGUUGCAUACGAUUCGGAGGGCGGAUGUGAUAUUCUUGAUUGAGGGAGGUGUUUGUGUAGGCAAGGGAACGCAUGAGGAGCUGUUAGAGCGGUCAGAGAGUUAUCGGGCUAAUGUUAUGCAUCAAACUGUUGCUACUUAAUACGUUAGAAGGAGAUGGAUUGUUAGAAUAGUUCUUUUCAUACUGGUCGAUAGGUGAAACUAGCC